AAGCCGGAAGUGAAACGCCACUUCGUGAUGUCACUUCCGAGAAGCGGAUGGAUUUUUUUCCUCUUUUUUCUUAAAGGUAAAUAUGCUUUUUUCUUGGUCAAUUAAGGGCUUCCCCAGACAUUUAUACUCUGAAAUUAUUAAACGACAAAGUGUAGUGAAGUACCCAAUUGAUGUAAAGCUAACCUUACCAUCAUUUAUGUAUAUUUUUUGUGUCUUAAAUCGAUGCUGUAGAAAAUAAAGCCUUCCUCUCUGCCGUGCUAACGGACAUAUGUGGUGCUAUUUAGAUUGUGUUCUAGCAGGGUCAAGCCUAAGUUAAAAUCACAUAAUUAACUUCAGUCUAAUCUGUUUGAAUAGAUAUGCAAAUGUAAACAGGGAUCGAUAUUGCCUCAACAAACAUCUCCGAACGACAGUAUUUCUGAUUAACCCCAGAACACUACCACUAAAAUUUGUAACACCAUCACUAUCACCAGGCGAUUUUGACCUGAAAUAAUAUACCCAAGAAGUACCUGUCAUCAAAAUAUAUCAAAAUAGGACAAUACAUGACAAAUUAAAGUAGUUUUCUUUUAUUUUCAACUGUGCAAUGUCUAAAGGGAGAGAAAAAAUGCCAUAAGGGGACCAUAUAGAAAUGCAACAAAAUAACUGAAAUUAGGCAUUCAUCAACAAAAAAAAAACUAAAAUAUAUAGAAACUGUAAAGUUAGUUUCUUCUCCACCCAUUCCUGGGGCAUGUUAGUCUUCCCUGAUGAAGACUCAGGGUCCUGGGCACAAUAACUGCAGGAGAGAGAACCAAAAUAUGGCAGAUUUGGAGUGAGUAAAAAUGACCAGCUGACUCAAACGAAUUCCCUUAAAAUCACAGCUUUGUCAUAGUUAUUCAUAACCACUGUGCUAAAUCAAGAUAACAUGCAAAUUCCAGGACCGCUCUUACUGACCUUAUUCGCCCACAUGCAGCUGUCAAAUCCACCCAAACCUACUUUACCCUCUAUCACUAAAAUCCCCCUGUGAACACGUGCCAGUUGGAAAAAGCAGGUUUUAGAUCAGGGAAACAAAUGUGCCUUGAAAGAUGUCAAAGACAAUGCUGAAGCUACUCAGGGACCCGUGAUACUCAGACAAACGCAACAUAAUGAAAAUCACGUAAACAUGUUUGACGAUAGUGUUCUAGGGUUAAUGAAAUGCUGUCAUUCCUUCAAAAUCUCAUCCUGUUUGUUGUAGUUCCUCUGAAACUAAAUUUGACUUUUUUUUUUUUUUUGAGGAUGCACAAUAUUGGGAUUCUAAUCAUAUCCAUCAUGUCGAUAUUUUGUAACCCAUUUUGGUUGAUACUAAUGCAUGCACACUUUUUUCAUGGUGAAAAGCACAAAGCUUCUUUAUCAAAAUUUACCCUCAUUGUGUUUGUCUGUUUGUUUCAGAACCAAACAAGAUAAACAGCAUUCAAUUCCACUAUGAAUGAUCAGUAUAUCUUAAAUACACAUUUUUAGCACUGCAUCCAUUGUCUAUUUCCAACCACUUUUGAAACACUUGCACACAGCCUACAUGUGUAUGCGGUGAUUGCAAGUACAUGAUUAAUGUGCAUUUUUAGCUGAGAAUAACAUCAGCAUGAAUCUUCAUAUCAGCUGAUGACAUUAAUAUUUGUUUUUUAGGUAUUUUUAGCCAAUAUAUCAAUAAUAAUGUGCAUUUUAAAUUUCUUUUAGUAAUUAAAUGGUGCAAUGCUCAGUGGAGUAGCUUAGCUGUGUAGUACUCUGUAUUACUACUCAUGCUUGUUAUUCAAACAACGUGCUUAUUAACAUUUUAAAAAAUUGGCAUUCAUAGGAAUCUUGUUAAACAGUUCACGUUCCUCUGUAUUCAAUCUUCAAUUGGAUGCACUUACUUUAUGAAACAUUUUGCAAAAUUUAAGAUUAUUGUAUCUUUUGGUUUAGGAUCUAUAAAAGAGCAAAUGCAUUGUCUGAAUUUCCUGAUUGUGAUUCUGACAGGACAUCAACAUCAGGACAGACAACCAGCUUCAUAAUGUCUGCAGAACUGGACCUGUCCCCUCCAGAGGUCCCAGAGCCCACCUUUCUAGAGAGCCUGCUGCGAUGUGGUCUGUUUCUGGGCGCCAUCUUUCAGCUCAUUUGCAUCUUAGCUGUGAUCUUACCCAUGACUAAGGGACAUGAUCAGGUAAGUAGACACCAAGGGGAGAUAGAGGGCCUAGUUGAAAAAUACCACAGAUUACCGAAAUAAAACUUCAAGGACAUGCUUACCUUUCUCUCACAUUUGCCAGAAUGAUUAUAUUACAAAUCAGGACAACAAAAAGACGUUUUAUCAAAUAAAUAUUUUAUGUUCAUUUUUUCCAAUAUUUGCUAGUCUUAAACUAUUUAGAUUCAGUCCAGAUAGGAGAGAUGAGCGUUCUAAAUCCUUGACUGUCUGUGAAGACAGAGCCACCGAAGGGCUACUCUCACAAUUUCCAUACUAACAAAUGUCAGGAGAGUUUAUUUAUGGACAAAAGAAAUUGAAUCCACAGCCUAAUUAGCUUUUUGUAGGCUUUGUCAUCAGAUGCACUGAUUACAAUCGAAAGUAUGACGCCAUUUCAUUCUUUGACUGUGAGUGUUGUGUGGUGGUGGUCGGAGAGGCCGUAGGCGCAGAAUGGCAGCCACGUUUCCACCACCACCAAAGUGUGACUGUGUGAGCGAAUGAAUGAUGUAUCCAAUGUAAAGCGCUUUGAGGGUCUCUGAUAAAGUGCUAUAUGAAAUCUGAUGCAUUAUUAUUAUUAUUAUUUACAAAAAUACGCUCUCAUUCAAAGCAUUACUGACAGAAAGAUAUCUGAUUUUCUUUGGUUUGUCACAUUUUUCUAAUGUUCUCUAAAGAGAUUAUUCUAAGAGGGGUCUGCUCUGUAUGGGGUGAUGAAAAAUGGCUUUUCAUAUUUGUAUAGGUGCUUAUUUACUUCCUUAUCUCCUAUUUGAAGCACUUCAAUUCAAUUUUACUCCAAAAAAAAUGUUUAGCUAUUAAAAAUUCAUGUCACUGGAAACUGCUUCGCUGCUUGAUAUUCUGACUGCGAUGUAAUUAAAAAGAGUUUAAGCAUUAGUGUUGAAAUAAUAAGGCAUUUAAUAUUCCCUCUUCAUGUGUUACAGGAAGAAACUGAGUCCAGUGAUGGCAAAGCCCCUGAACAGAUAAAGAAACCCAAAGGACCAGCACCGCAGAUCCGACAGAAACCAAAGAAAGAGAGCAAAAAGAAGCGAUAGAAUGAGCUGUGCUGUGUGUGUGGGUGUGUAUGUGGUUGCUACCUGCUUGUCUGAUUACUUGGGUAGUCAUCUGUGAGUCAACAUUGGCAUUUUCCAAAACAGUUUCCACUACAGGUAUAUAAAACACUAAGGUCACCUUAAGAAGAUUAAAAAAUGUGUGUUUGAUUUUAAACACUUCAGAAUGACAUUAAACUCUGUCCAAUUCACAUUUCAUACAGUAUCAACUCUGAGCAAACUGUCAUGUCCAUUGUUUGUACGGUUACAUGUUAUUUUUUAUUCUUUUUUAAAUAAAUUGAACUGCGUUUGCGUUUACACAGACAAAUAAAUGUGUGGUCCUUCACAUGGUUGUAUUCAUUUAUUACUAAGUUUGCUUUGAAUGAUUCAGAAUGAGAUCAUUUCCUGUCCUAACAUUUGCUCAUUUACUUUGGCAGAAUACAUCAUAAAAUCCUAAUAAAGCUGCCCUUUUAAGGAGAUGCAUUGACGAUUUCAGGGCGGUACAAGUGUGUUUAAAUGAUGAUUUAUGUUCUGUAAAUAUUUCUGUCAUAAUAAGCGGCUUUGGUGGUUUGCAUAAGACAAGAUGUUCCUUUAUGAGUCCCACAGGGGGAAAUUCCAAAAGCAUAGUACAGAUACAAAGAGACAAAAAUUAAAAGAUAAAGAAACUUUGAGUUAAACAAGAUAUGUGCAUGUGUCAAAAUUGCAUGUAUUAUUAACACAAUUCAAAUCACAAAAAGGACAUGAAUAAUGAUUAAGCGAUAAAAGUAGGUUAGUUUGGUUACAAAAUAAAUGUCGCUCUUUAUUUUAA